GCCUGGUAUUGGCUAUGGCUAGUGAUUUUGUGGAGAAUCUUGAUAUUUUCUAUUACUGGGUCCUCUAGUGUAGUCGUCACUAGGUUCCUUGUGAGACGUGGAUUGGGAUUAGAGCCUCCCUAUUGGUUUUACUAUGCCGUAUUCUUUAUACUCGAGUUACUGGUAUAUACAGUGAUGAUUGUUCUAAUUGGUUCCUGCCUUGGCCAGUGGCGCUUCUUUUGCACAGUUGCUUUUCGAAUGUGGUAUUAUGUCUUGCCU